CGUUGCCGCUCCCGCGCUUCUUGCCACGGGUACCCGUAUAUUGGUCACGUAUACGACACUUCAGCGUGCAUAUGUGCGUUCACAGACACACAUCAUCGUACGUCCAAAAAUUCGGUGUUUUACUGCAGGUAUUGAAAUUCGCGUUGUUUACGAUUCGACCGUGAGAUCUACGUGUGUUUUUCCCGCUAUAAAUACACCGCGACGAGGUCGAUUAUCAACAUAAACCCUUCGCAGUUUACUGAAUAAAUAUUUCUUGACAGAACACUAUUAUGCGAAAAUUGAGUAUGAAAAGUAAACGCGGUAGAUCUGGAACGUGUAGUGAUGGUGAUUCCGAAGAAAAUGGCGCCGGCGUUAGAGCUGUCGGCGACGACGAAUCCUCAGAACAUGACACUUCAAAAAUUAAGAAAACCCCAAAAAAGGGUCGUAAGUCUCAAACUGAAUCUAAUAAGCAGACUGAGGGUACGGAGAAUCCGACAGAUGAACAGGAGAACGGGUCUCCUGUAAAAAAACGCAAAAAAGACUCACAGAAGGUUUCCGUUCCUUCCACAUCCGAACACAAGGCAUCCACCUCCGUAGACAAGUUAACAGACGAAGAGUAUGAGGUUUUAAAAAUAGUUGGACAACGUACUAUCAAGGGGCGCCGCCAAUUCUUGGUACGCUGGAAAGGAUAUGAUGAAGAGUCAUGGGAGCAAGAAAAGAAUCUAAAUUGUCCACAGCUUAUUGAGGAAUAUCUUGCAGAUAUUGCAGAUAGCGGUAUUGUUGAGAAAAGCCAAAAAACUUCAAGAACACCCAAAGAGAGUAGAGAUGCUGCUAAGCCUAAAACGCCAAAGUCUGGAGGCAAAAAGAAAUCCAAUAUCCAUGCUGAAGCUGAACACAAUCAAAAUCACAGAGUAGAUACUAACAAAGCUAGCAAUGAUGAUGAUGAAAAAACUACUGAGGAUACUAAAGAAUUUGAAGUUGAAAAAAUUUUGGAGGUAUACUUCCACAAAAAAAAUAAGACACGGGAAUUUUUAAUUCGAUGGAAAGGAUUCAGUUCGGCUGAAGAUACCUGGGAGCCUGAAGAGAAUCUCAAUUGUCCAGAACUAAUAUCAAGGUUUAUGGACAAAGUGGAAGUUGCAAAAAAGACUGAACUUCGUGAACUAAGAACAAAUCCAGCCCAUACAAAGCGAUAUACCCUAAUGUCAACUGAACCUGGGCGAAGACUCUCACGUCGCAAUACCAACAAACAACGCGAGUCUCUGACUGCGUCUGUAAGAAGUAACCUCUCAGCUUGUAAUUCACUAUUUGAAGAAUAACAAAAUAUUGAGUGAGUCCUUAAUUACAGGGAAGUUUUAAGGAAUGACACACUAAGCUCCUUAUUGUAUGUAAUGAGUAAAAUGUAAAUUACUUUCGUAUGCUGAUGUAUGCUGUGUUGUGGUAAAUGAGUGGAAAACUGAGUUAGAACAAUUGCUUCUCACCCAAUAACUUACACAAAACUGAUCAGUUUUAUUGCUCAUGCACAUAAUAUUUAUGGCUUUUAUUUUUACCCUCUUAACACAUUACUUGGACUUGAUUUUUUCUUUCUAAUUUUAAGGUAUGAGAAGUAUGUAUUAUAAAAGUAUGGAAACUGUUGUGUAUAAUAUGAUUUACAUGAUUUGUUUCCUUUUAUUGGAGCCCAUAUUGCAUAAUAGCUUCUGUGUCCAUAUCGUGUUUUACAUUUUAUGUGGAAAUAUGUGACAUAAGGGCUUACGCAUAUUUCUGUGGUUUGUAUUAGCAAUGUAGAUCAAGAUUAUUAUUAAAAAAUUGACCUAUGACUACACUUUCUCUGUACUAAUAAAUCAUAUUAAAAUUGCUUAACUUAUUGAAAUUACAUUGUUAUGGUGAUUGAUUAGUAAUUACUUCUUUAUGAAAUCAUUUUUGAGAAUUGUAGAUAGUUGAACAUCCACAAGCACACUGUUAUUAUCAACCCUAUGUGACAUUAUUAAAAUGAAAAUAGAUUUGCGACUGCUCUUCAGCAUUUACAGAAAUAUUCACUUGAAAAGUAAGCAAGCUAAUAAAAGAAUAAAAGAGCGUACGAAUAAAAUGUUAUACUUGGUUAAUGAAAGUGGUGAAUGGUUGGUAAACCCCAUCUGUUGGGUGACCUACAGGUAACGAUUGACAAACAUUUCUUUACAGUGCAACAUACCAUCAGUGCGAUGAGUAAAUGGCAAAACAAGAUAUAUCAUUGUAGCUUCACAUUACAUACGAGGACUAUUCGUUGGAUUUUUUAUCUUUAAGGAUACGUUUUAAGAAUGAGCUGGUACAGAACAUAACUGGUGAGAGUUCAAAUAAAGUGACAUUAUUAUAGGCAAAUCUUGUUCAACAAUGAACAGCGAAUCAGUGAAGAAGUAUUUGAGCAGCUCUGAAUUUUUCUUUUUUGUAUUCUAUUUUAUUUUCACAAUUCAGUUACAGUUUUAUUUUGAAACUGUAAGAUAGUUGGAAUUUUCUCAGUGAAAUACUGCUAAUUAUGUUCUGUGAUCCUACUAUUAUAUAGCGACGUGUUUGAUGUUAUUAUAGACUCUAUUGCACUUUUUUUUCCUGAUAUAUAUAAAUGCAUAUAUAACAUUUGUUCGAGAUCAGUUAAACGUAAAUCCCAAAUUCCAAUUAUUGAGGUAACAUUAAUCUAUGGACAAAUGCUCACUUGGAAUUGAACUUUAUCUCCAUCUAAUGUCAUCGUAUACUAUUUAGUUAUUAUAUCUAAUUACAGUAAAGUCUCAAUUAUUAGAGUCCGAUUCUGAAUUUGUCUUAACAUGCAUACGUUGCAAUUAAAAAAUGUGCAUUCACAUCUUUAGUUCACAUUAUAUGGAUUCUUCGAAACUUACACUUAACAUGGGUCCACAAUGACUCCGAUAAUCGAGGUUCUACUAUAUGAGAGAAUUCAACUAACAUUCUACCUUCAAAAUAUUUUGAAACUUGAUCACUUUCAAUUUGAAAAUACAAAAACCGAGUCAAGUUUUAGUCUUAAAGAGGAUGUAUUUAAAUAGACUUUUAUUAACUCUGGCUUGUAUAUUGUCUCAAGUCACAUAUAUUUUUAUUCGAAACUACCAUGUCUAUUACAUGAUGUGACGUAUGUUAAUAAUUUUCAUUUGAAUAACAUUGUAACUGCUAUAAUUAAUAUAUCAGGACACCAAAGUUAUUACUGAACAUUUUUCUCGUGAGAAGAGUACUUUUUAACUCAUGCGAAUAAUUUAAGCUAUCGAUACAUACGUAUGUAUCUAUUUUUGUGUAUUUACAUAAUAUAUACAAUACUAGAUUUGUAAGAAAAAACCAAUCGAACUAAAACUGAAUGUAAAAAACACAUGAACAUUGAAUAUUACUAAUAGUGAUAAUAAUAAGUAGCUAGUAGUCUAUACGUACUGAUAGAUUGGUUCAGACUUUGGAAAAAAUAUUCAAUUCUAAAUCAAGUCAGUACAAUAUAAUUAAUAAAAAUAAAAACCGACUUGUAUUUUAAACAAAUGUGUAUAGUUAUUUACGAAUACUAUACUAUAUAAAAAAUAUGUCUGCCACUUCCAUGAUUAUUUUAUUUCUUUAUGGUGCAAUAUUAGAUAAGUGACAGGUACGAGGCAGCAUACAUUUAAUGGCUUAUCCGCAUAAAAUACAUUAUGUGGUUGAAUUGAACGGUAAAUUGCUUUUUUACAAAUCUUCUAUUCAGUUAAUUAUUGAAUAAAAUCAGCUGAAGGAGUGAGUGUGCAGAAAAGAACUUGUAAAAUACAUACAUUUUUUUAAGAGAUUUUUGUCAUUUUCAUAUCGUGUGCAGUAUCAAGUAGAACCAAAGAAAUAUUUUGACGCAGUGUCGUUGUGUGAUUGGCAUUGUAAUUUGAGUUAACUAGUUUCUCUUGAAGCCAGCUUUGAUACGUGUACGGAAUAUUGAUAAUUAACCGCUUUCUUUAUAUGUGUAUAUACAGUUUUCUGCAAUGUUUGAUUGAUAUGACCAAUGAUUUACUACACAUAGUGUCUCCAUUCUCGACGACAUCUAGCAAAUAUUUUGUACAGAUUAGCAUAACUUGUACAUCAUCAACACACCAGUAGAAUAUCAUUAGAUAAUAUACUGUAGACAUUUCUUGUCGAGUAUCAGGUGUGAGCUGGGUAAUUAUUAGAUAUUUAGAUAUAUUAGAAAAAUAGUGUCGUCAUGUGAACUUGAUUUUAAGUAAGUUUUAGUACUGCUAGACUUAUACUUGAUGCUUGACAAAAAAUUGAUUGUAUAAGGAAAGCUAUACAAGUGUAUUAACGAAAUAAAAUUGAAACUUGUAGCAUUAAUUCAUCUCUUGGGCCAUGGGUUGAUGAAUGGAAGUUACUGAAAUUUUAUAUAAUAUAUUGUCAUUCAGAAGAACAAACACAGGUAAUCUACUUUGAAUUCAAAAAGGUGAGAAUCCCAUACUUCUCGUGAUUCCAUGUUCAUAUUGUACUUUGGAUGGGAAUUUCUGCAAUUUUGGGCAUGUAUAACUAAGUCAGCUUGAUAAGCAAAAUUUAGUUUCUUUAUUUACUUAUAAUCUGGAAAGUUUUAACGAACGCUUAGGUAUACUACAUUCAUAUGGGGCAUAGGAGUUUCAUGAAAUCUGAUAGUACCCACAAAUGAUGUCAACAUAGUUGUAUUCUGACGUCGAGAGAAUUCGUUGCCAGCGUACUCGCAUUAUAAUGAGAAUCAAUUCAUCUUUAUUUUUGCCGGGAUACUACGUAGUAAUUUCAAAAUCAAGUCUCGUCGUAUCAUUAAUUUUCGUACGUAAAUUUCAUUGAUUAAUUUCGCAACUGAAAUUAUAAACGGUACAUAAGUUCGGUAUUCUUUUUGAAAAAUUCAAAUUAUAAUUGUCUCUACGUAGUUGUGAAGCGCAGUUCAAUACAUCCGCCGUGUCUGGAAUUUCCGCGUGUGGGAAGUUCUCGCCAAGCAUGACUGGAGUCAGUCGUAUUUUAUGAGGAUAUCAGUUUAAUUAAUUUCGAACAAACGCACGAAUCGUCUUGCGCACAGAAUUUUGUAGAAUAGGGCUACUGUUUAGAAGACGUAUACCAUGUGAUAUUCACAUUAUUAUUGGAGUGGGAAAAAAAUUAUGAUAAACCCGAGCAUACUUUAAAACUAAUCCUGACAUACUGGUCGUUCAUCAAUCAAGUUAUGAGGUGUGGUGUUACAUCCGUUUGAACUGAAUCUUGUAAUUUGCUCUCGUCGAAUAUAAAAUGGAAGCUUUCCUCAAAAGUUACAACAAUUUCAAUGUGAAGUUGUUUCAAAGUUUGACCGAUAACAAUAUACAGCCGAG